ACGCCGGCCAAGAAAGCAGUUGUCACCCCCAGCAAAAAGGCAGUGGUUACACUGGUCCCUGCCAAAAAAGCAGCAGUUACACCAGCCAAAGCAGUGGCGACACCUGGCAAGAAGGGAGCCACAGCAGGCAAAGCACUGGUAGCAACCCCUGGAAAGGGAGCAGCCACCCCAGCUAAGGGGGCAAAGAAUGGCAAGAACGCCAAGAAGGAAGACAGUGAUGAGGACCAUGAUGACAGUGAAGAGGAAGAGGAAGAGGAGGAGGAGGAUGAGGAUGAGGAUGGAUUCGCGCCAGCAGUGAUGAAAGCAGCAGCUACUGCUGCUGCCUCAGAUGAUGACGAUGAUGAGGAAGAUGAUGAUGAGGAGGAUGACGGUGAUGAAGAAGAUGAUUCUGAAGAAGAACCCAUGGAGGUUAUACCUGCCAAAGGCAAGAAAGCUCCUGCAAAAGCUGCUCCUGUGAAGGUCAAGAGCACCGCAGAGGAUGAAGACAAAGAGGAUGAUGACGCCCACGAAGACGAUGAAGAUGAUGAGGACGACGAUGAGGAUGAAGAGGAGGAGGAAGAGCCUGUCAAAGAAGCACCUGGAAAACAUAAGGAAAUGGCUAAACAGAAAGCAGCUCCUGCAGCCAAGAAACAAAAAGUGGAAGCCACAGAACCAACUACAACUUUCAAUCUCUAUGUUGGACACCUGAACUUCAAUAAAUCUCCUCCUGAAUUAAAAACCGGUCUCAGUGACAUUUUUGCUCAAAAUGAUCUUGCUGUUGUGGAUGUCAGAAUCGGUGGGUCUAGGAGGUUUGGCUAUGUAGAUUUUGAAUCUGCUGAAGAUCUGGAAAUAGCCUUGGAACUCACUGGUUUAAAAGUCUUUGGCAAUGAAAUUAAAAUAGAAAAACGAAAGAGAAAAGACCGUAAUAAAGAUCGAGAUGCAAGAAUCCUUGUGGCUAAAAAUCUGCCUUGUAAAGUUACUCAGGACAAAUACCAAGAAGUGCUUGAAGAUGCUAUGGAGAUAAGAUUAGUCACCAAGGAUGGAAAGAGUAAAGGGAUCACUUAUAUUGAGUUUAAGACAGAAGCUGAUGCAGAGAAAAUGUUGGAAGAAAAGCAGGGGACAAAGAUAGAUGGGCAAUCCAUGUCCCUGUACUAA